UGUGCUUGUAGAGCCGUGUGCAAAAUGAAAUAUAUGUAAACAUCAUCCAUAAACGGAAGAAGGCCAUUUGAAGAAGUCGUCAGUAAUAGAAAAUAUUUUAAACAUGGGAAAGUGCCCUAACUGUGGGAAAGAAGUCUAUUUCGCUGAAAAAGUGACCUCAUUAGGAAAAGAGUGGCACCGUCCUUGUUUGAGAUGUGAAAAAUGUAAAAAGACAUUGGCAUCUGGAAGUCAUGCAGAGCAUGAAGGAAAGCCAUAUUGUCAUAAACCUUGCUACGCUGCCAUGUUUGGACCCGGUGGGUAUGGACAUGGUGGAACAGAGAGUCACAAAUAUUGAUUGUAUAUUUCAUAUGUUGAGUUAGUCUUCCGCAAUAUUGUUGUUUUUUAUUUACUAUAUCAGCAAUAUAUCUGCUUUAUUAGAUUUUAUUUUAUAUUAAACAUUAAAAUGA